UCAGAACAGAACUACCUGAACAGAAUCUUUCGGAUCUUUCAGAAAUCAGCUGAACUUUGUGAGAGUAAGGUGUUUACUGACGUUAUUCUGAACACGAAAGAAAUAAAAUGGCGAAGUUUUUUAGUGCAGUUAUGGAGAGUGUAGCGGAUCUUCCACUGCGCCCCCUGUUGUUAGCGGCCGGAGCUGCAGCCACAGCAGCCAGCAUUUCCUAUCUUGUUAAACGGGAUGAUGGAGAGACAGCGGACCCCGAGGACACCGAAUAUCAAGCAACAAUUAUUUCUCCGGCCUGGUGUCCAGUGUGUGAGCAGGCCACGGAACCGGCUCUGGUCCAGUCCACAAAGGUUCAUCAGGACCAGAUGAUGCAGGAGGCUAUAAAGGUCAUCGCUGUGCUGGAGAAGGAGAGGUUUAAGCUAGAACAUCAGGUGAAGACACUGCAAGACAAAGUGAAGGACAUGGAGAACCAGCUCUGUGAUACUCAUUUGCAGCAAGAGCAGGAGGCUCACAGGCUUCUGAAGUCAGAGCACCAGGAGAUGAUGGAGACUCUGACCAACAAUGAAAAGUUACUGAAGGUCUCCCUUUUUGAGGCUGAGGAGAAACACCAGAAGGCUGUGGAGACCAUCACUAAGCUGGAGGUGGAGAAGUCUGACCUGACAGACCAGGUGAAGACACUGCGAGACACAGUGGAGGACAUGGGGAACCAGCUCUGUGAGACUCGCUUGCAGUAUGAUGAUCUAAAGAAUAUCUCCCUGGCUAAAGCUGAGGAGAAACACCAGAUGGCUGUGGAGACCAUCACCCAGUUGGAGGAGGAGAAGUCUGACCUGACAGACCAGGUGAAGACACUGAUAGACACAGUGGAGGUCAUGGGGAACCAGCUCUGUGAGACUUUCUUGCAGUGUGAGCGAGAACAGGAGGCUCACAGGCUUCUGAAGUCAGAGUACCAGGAGAUGAUGGAGACUCUGACCAACAGUGAAAAGUUAAAGAAGGUCUCCCUUUUUGAGGCUGAGGAGAAACACCAGAAGGCUGUGGAGACCAUCACUAAGCUGGAGGUGGAGAAGUCUGACCUGACAGACCAGGUGAAGACACUGCGAGACACAGUGGAGGACAUGGGGAACCAGCUCUAUGAGACUCGCUUGCAGUAUGAUGAUCUAAAGAAUAUCUCCCUGGCUAAAGCUGAGGAGAAACACCAGAUGGCUGUGGAGACCAUCACCCAGUUGGAGGAGGAGAAGUCUGACCUGACAGACCAGGUGAAGACACUGAUAGACACAGUGGAGGUCAUGGGGAACCAGCUCUGUGAGACUUUCUUGCAGUGUGAGCGAGAACAGGAGGCUCACAGGCUUCUGAAGUCAGAGUACCAGGAGAUGAUGGAGACUCUGACCAACAAUGAGAGUUUACUGAAGGUCUCCCUGGCUGAAGCUGAGGAGAAACACCAGAAGGCUGUGGAGACCAUCACCCAGUUGGAGGAGGAGAAGUCUGACCUGACAGACCAGGUGAAGACACUGCGAGACACAGUGGAGGACAUGGGGAACCAGCUGUUUCAUACUUACUUGCGGUGUGAUGAGCUAAAGAAUGAGUGGGAGGAAGAGCAGGAGGCUCACAGGCUUCUGAAGUCCGAGUACCAGGAGAGGAUGGAAAAUCUGACAAACAAUGAAAAGUUACUGAAGGUCUCCCUGUCUGAAGCUGAGGAGAAACACCAGAAGGCUGUGGAGACCAUCACUAAGCUGGAGGAGGAGAAGUCUGACCUGACAGACCAGGUGAAGACACUGCGAGACACAGUGGAGGACAUGGGGAACCAGCUCUGUGAGACUCAUUUGCAGUGUGAUGAUCUAAAGAAUGAGUGGGAGGAAGAGCAGGAGGCUCACAGGCUUCUGAAGUCCAAGUACCAGGAGAGGAUGGAAAAUCUGACGAAUAAUGAGAAGUUACUGAAGGUCUCCCUUUUUGAGGCUGAGGAGAAACACCAGAAGGCUGUGGAGACCAUCAACCUGUUGGAGGUGGAGAAGUCUGACCUGACAGACCAGGUGAAGACACUGCAAGAAACAGUGGAGGACAUGGGGAACCAGCUCUGUGAGACUCGCUUGCACUGUGAGAAAGAGCAGGAGGCUCACAGGCUUCUGAAGUCAGAGCACCAGGAGAUGAUGGAGACUCUGACAAACAGUGAAAAGUUACUGAAGGUCUCCCUGUCUGAAACUGAGGAGAAACACCAGAAGGCUGUGGAGACCAUCACUCGGUUGGAGGAGGAGAAGUCUGACCUGACAGACCAGGUGAAGACACUGCAAGACAUAGUGGAGGACAUGGGGAACCAGCUCUGUUAUAUUCGCUUUCGGUGUGAUGAUCUAAAGAAUGAGUGGGAGGACAAGCAGGAGGCUCACAGGCUUCUGAAGUCCCAGUACCAGGAGAGGAUGGAAAAUCUGACGAAUAAUGAGAAGUUACUGAAGGAGUCGAUGGCUGUGCAGUCCACUGAUGAGCAUGAAGCUGGCAUGUCCGGUCUGACCAACGUGGCCAUGCAGGACACAGUAUGGGACAAAUUCAAGAAGAUCUUUAAAAAGAAACCUGGCAAAAGUCAUAGAAGCAAGAAGAAUAGACUUCCUGAGCCAGAAAACGUUUUGAAAAGUAGCGGAUGCUUAUCAGAAUCAGAUUGAUGUUUAUAG